AUGAAACAGUAUGAAACAACACGCGUGGCUAUCCAGCACUGGUUACCCGGACGGGGUACCGAGAUAGCCACCGUUCGGUAUGUCAAUACAACACCAGCUAUUCGAAAUGUCUUCUUUCGUGGGGGCCAGAUGAUUAUCAUUAUCAGCUACAACAAGGCGAGGGCAUCGAAUAAUUACGCCUUCUAUAUCGUCCGGUAUCUUCCCAAGCAACUUAGCCAGAGCCUCUUGAGAUAUCUCGCUAUUAUUCGCCCCGUAAUGGGUUUUAUCGCAAAACAGCUGAAGUUACCCCAUUGGUCCGACAGCGAGUUCUUCUUCCCCGAUCCACGCGGAAAGAGCAGACAUCUUACCUCCACACAAGCUUCCAGCAUUCUUAGGUCGUUAACCCAGGAUCUCGCUACGCCCUGGACUCUAUCGUCAUAUAGACAGGCUGCACUUGCAAUUGCCAAGCGAUACAUCAGCAAGCUCGUUGAGAAUGCAAAUUUCUAUUCUCCUACGGAAGCAACCAAUCCGCUGCGGAUGUUUGCAGCCGGGGCCGGUCACCAUCCGCGAAUGUUACUUACAUCCUCUUAG